AUGAGUGUGGGUCAUCUAGUCCCACAACUAUCAGCAAUCACCACAGCUCAAUACGGGCUAAAUAGCCCUUUCGUUAGACAAAUCACGGGCUAUGACACCGUUGUGCCACCCGAUGCAAUAAGCAGCGAGAUGGACUUCCUCAACCGACUCGACAAUUUGAGUGGAGAAAUGGACUUUGUUUGUGGCACUCAACUGUUUGCCAAACUGCUUGCAGCCAUUGCGGGUGCGAAGGUGCAGUAUUACAACUUCAUGCACAAGACUGUGGGCAGUCAGUUUCCGGCGUGGGUGGGUGCGAUGCAUGGUUACGAAAUCGAGUACGUAUUUGGCAUGCCAUUUUCGAGUGAAUUCCAGAAGAACUUCUACAGGUUUACAGCAGAAGAAAAGGAACUGAGCGCGAAAAUGAUGCGAUACUGGGCAAACUUUGCGCGAUCUGGAAAUGCAGCACUCAAUUCUGAUGGUACUGAAUUUGGUCCGUCCUGGCCAGAGUUUGAUGGGACCACUCAGAAGUACAUGGAAAUCGACUUGAACCAACAGACAAUGAAACACCGUCUUCGAGAUAAGGGCUGCACAUUCUGGAACGACGUCUUCCCCAGUCUCGCCAGAAUUUACAUGAAAAUGACGAGGCCUCGUGGUUUGGGUGAAAGUGGGCGGCCGAAGAUUUGUCCUCACCUUGAAUUUGACCUCUUUGCUGUGGAACCACUGGAAAACUUUGUGAAUGGUGGUACGUCGUGUUUACUAUUAGAGGCCUGUCCAUUACCUGUCAAGUGUGGCGUUGAACGAACGGUUGGCAGACUUGUAGUAGCCAUAGAGAGAAUAGCUGCGUGA